GAGCAUUUGUUUGUCUUACAUAGGUUGACCCUGGUUACAUAAGUGGUUAUGGCUUAUCCCAGUAACUGACCUUUUGACCGCAUAUAUAAGUUGUAUGUAUAAUAUUGUCUCUGCUCGGAGAAAUCAUGUCGUACACCAUCCCGGCGUGGCGAACAACCACCAAAGUGGGCAGUGGAAGAAACGGUAGCACAUCGAAUACACGGGCAGAAAGUAAAAGCACUAGUAGCACGAGGAAUAGAACAAGGAUGGAGGGUACAACGACGAAUGCGGACGAAUCUCAAGCUAGUGGGAGAGCUCAGAAAGAUGCUACGUCAACUGCUGCAGAUGUUUCAAAGGGCGGGAGUAGUGGAAUUAAAAAAAUAAGCGUGUACAGUAAGCCACGACAAGAUGCGGAGAUAGAGCUGGUACCAUUUCCGGAUCUGUUUGACCUAUUUGCAGCCUACGAUCAGAUCUAUUUCAAUGGAAUGUUGACUGCGUCCGGUAUGGUGUUUGCGGUGCGUGAACAAGAAAAGAAAGCAGCCGACGAGAAAGGAGGGGUAAAAAAACAGAGUCAAAAUAAGAAACCCAAACCCGAGAUCACCCUAGAUCCUCGGCAAACCGAAUUGGAUUUCAAACCGAAAUCAGCUACAAAACACGACACCAAAAGUGCAUCUUUUACUACCAAAAGCACUGAUGGCCGCAACAGCAAUACACAUGCGCACAAUGAGAUAACAGUCGGUACUAAACAACGCGACCCACUUGUAUAUAUUAAGGAGGGCGGAGAUAGAAUCAAAAAAGAUACACACAACGUAGCCAUCCGGCAGGGGAAGGCAAAUGAUGUGAGGGACGGUAUCACAUACCUUGGUACCAGUACGGGCCCGAGGACUCUGGGGGCAGAUAAUUAUUUAGGUAGACGUAAGGGUGCUAGGACAGACAAGGGGGUAGAUAAAGUGGCAGGGAUAACUUUGGGUAUAAGUAGCGGAGGUAGGAUUAGUUCAGGCAGAGGUAAAGUGGCUGACAUGGGGUUGAGUUUAGCUAAGGACACCCACCGGAGGGAUACGCAGGCAGGUAUUAAGGGGGUACCAGGCAGGAAGGUGGUGGAAAUAAUCAACCUGGACAGCAGUGACGAUGAAUGUGUGAGCUCUUGGCGGGGGGCAACUGAACGGCACACCGCAAUGCCUGAGCCACACACCACACACACAGGCACUACAAAUACAAACACCUCUACCAUGGAUAGAACAUCACAGCGACCAAUUGAAGAUAUAAAUUCGUUCACUGAGCAUAACGUGAACGGGACAAGUGUAUUUCCGAACUCUGUUCCAGCGUCAGAAAAAAAACCUGCCAAGGCCGUCAAGACGUCUUGGGGUACAGGGUUUGUCUUGGGAAAGUGCGAGGAGCUACAGAAGACGAGUUUUGGCUGUGACAAAGCGUGGGUCAAUCUUAGUGGAAGGGUAAAAAACAUGGCAGGGAUAUGCAUAGACAACAAUGAAACAGCAGAGAGUUCCUCGAAAAGUGAUGGAACGGUAGACAGGAGCACAACUUCCAAGGGCAUGAAAUCAAUAGACAGGAAUACUAAGGACAGCACACUUGUGGGUAUUAAUUACGAGUCGCGCCACACCAAGGGUACUUGCACACACGCCCGACACACAACUGUGGGUAGUGUCAGCUGCAAUAAUUUAAACGACACAUCUCGGUUUAGUGGUGUUGACAAAACGACGAAGUUGAGUAGCCAAGUCGAUGUAGGCGGCGAGGGAAACGUUAGCGAUCAGAGCUCUGUAGACAGUAGGUUUCCAGCUGACAGUACGGCUCAUACAAACAGACAGACUGAUAUCAAUGGUAUCGCACACGUAGGAAGUAAAGCACAUACACACUGUAAGGCUAAUUUAACUGUACCCGAAUUGUGGGGUGUGAAAGUACCGAAUAAUGUGAAUGAAGCUACGACGAGACGGUCUGAGGAACUAGUGAUGAGCGUUGCCAUGGUGACGCGAGCGAGAGCGGCGGAGUUAUUGGCGGAGUGCGAUGGGAGUGCAGAAAAAGCUAUUGAUCGACAUUACUCUUGAGUAAAUUGUCUCUUAAUUUCUGAUCAGACGAACAUAGUUGCUAGCAUACAUCGAUGUCGAUGUAUGAUUAAACAUAUAUGUAU